AAUUGAGGCUCCAUCCAUACCUCAUUUGACUUCCGUGGGGAGAUCACAAACAGGUUCCCUCAGUCAAUCCCAGUCUCCCGAGAUGCGUGAUGCUGCCUCGAAUGAGUCUACCCCGAUCUGUGCGUCCGUCUCCGGCUCGGUGUCGAGGCAACGAACUCUGCUCAGCGCCAUCGUCACCCGCGUCUCAUUCGACAACGUAUCCUAUAAGUACUCUUCAUCCAUCCCUCGGCUUACCUCCAUGACCGCUGUCCUCAACACUGCAUUCAUAUUCCUUCUCUCCCUGGAUCCUCCUCCCAGCCCAAGCAAGGUCGCUACUGCUUCUAACCCUUGCAUGAAGUGUUGGAAAUGCCUCAUUGGAGAAGAUAGUUCUAAUCGUUCAGAGUGGAAUACUUUGAAGGAAGAUAUCGCAAUGCUCGAGUUGCGGCUACGGCAAUGCCAAAGAACGCUG